AAAUAUCCGGGGAGUGUAAUUUGGGAGGAGGAGUCAGGAGCGAUGAUGUAACACGGAAUGGAGAGAGGGUCACCUUAGUGAAAGAAGAGAGGGCUGGGGGCAGGGAAGUUGUGUGUAUGAGUGCGCGAGCGCAGAAGCCAUGAUGUCAUGAGGCCCGAGAAAUGGGGUCAGGAUUGUGGGCCAGAGUGGGGCGCUGGGGUGUCCACACAGCGCGCAAGUUUGAAGUGCUGACGGCGCAGGUUGGCGAGGGCGGGGCCUCAAAGGCAAGGCUGUAAUGCGGGGUCAAAAGCCUAGGCGCAGAAGAGGAGCUAGGAGACCCUUGGGCUGGAAUGAAACCAGUGACCAGGAUGGGCCAUAGGUUUCAGGGCACUGGAGGAUGCAGUGACACUGGCCAUGGACCAGCCAGCUGGCCUGCAGGUGGACUACGUCUUCCGGGGUGUGGAGCAUGCCGUGCGGGUGGUGGUGUCUGGGCAGGUGCUAGAGCUGGAGGUGGAGGAUCGGAUGACAGCCGACCAGUGGCGGGGCGAGUUCGAUGCCAGCUUUAUCGAAGAUUUGACUCACAAGACAGGGAACUUCAAACAGUUCAACAUCUUCUGUAACAUGCUGGAGUCAGCGCUCACCCAGAGCAGUGAGUCGGUCACCCUUGACCUGCUGACCUACACAGACCUGGAGUCCCUGCGGAACCGCAAGAUGGGGGGCCGCCCAGGCCCUUUGGCCUCGAGGUCGGCCCAGCUCAACUCCAAGCGCUACCUGAUCCUCAUCUACUCUGUGGAGUUUGACAGGAUUCACUACCCGCUGCCCCUCCCGUACCAGGGCAAGCCGGACCCCGUGGUCCUUCAGGGCAUCAUUCGCUCACUGAAGGAGGAGCUGGGCCACCUUCGAGGGCUGGACCACCAGGACCCUCGGGACACCCGGGAUUCUGAGAUCUGGCGCCUGCGGGAGCAGGUGUCGCGCCUGGCGUCUGAGAAGCACGAACUGGAGGCCCAGCUGGGCCGAUCGCGCGAGGAGGCGCUGGCAGGGCGGGCGGCGCGCCAGGAGGUUGAGGCGCUGCGUGGGCUAGUGCGCGGCCUGGAGCUGGAGCUUCGGCAAGAGCGCGGCCUGGGGCACCGCGGGGCCCGCCGCCGCAGCCAGGACUGUCGCCGCCUGGCAAAGGAGCUGGAGGAGGUGAAGGCAUCGGAGCGGAGCCUGCGCGCCCGGCUGAAGACGCUGAACAGCGAGCUAGCCGCGUACAAGAGGGGGAGACGGACUCCGCCGGUGGUGCCGCCCCCGGCCCGGGAGGACCGGGCUUUGUCAUCCCGGGAGCGCUCCACGUCGGGUGGCCGGGGUGCUGCCCGCUCCUCAUCCCGGGAGAGUGGGCGUGGGGGCCGAGGUCGAGGCCGCCCUGCCCGCCCCUCGCCCUCGCCCACAGGUGGUCGCGUGCCCCGUUUCGACCCCACAGCCUUUGUGAAAGCCAAGGAGAAGAAGCAAAGAGAGAUCAAGAUGAAGCAGCAGCAGCAGCAGCGGAAUCGAUUGGGCAGCGGAGGAAGCGGGGAUGGCCCGUCCAUUUCCUGGGCUCGCCAGACUCGGCGUCCUGCUGCCGUGACCGGCCGAGGGGAUGCGGCUAACCGCUCCCGAAACCGCAGCUCCUCUGUGGACAGUUUCCGCAGCCGCUGCUCAUCAGCCAGCUCCUGCAGCGAGUUCGAGGAUUUCUCUGAAUCCCUCCCUAGAGGCGUUCACCGCCACCGCGGGAAGCCUCCCAGCCCCACAGGCUGGAGUGGGUCGAACACGCUGCAGAAGCUCACUCCUGUGGAACAUGGCCGCCAUCAGAGACGCUUGGCUAAUUCGGGGGGCUGGGUCCCCAUCAAAGAAUACAGCUCCGACCACCAGGAGGCCAACAUGGCUGAAAUAGACGCCCGUUUGAAGGCCUUGCAGGAAUACAUGAACCGACUGGACACGCGGUCGUGACCUUGGAGAGGGAAGCACUGUCCCUUCAUCCCCUACCCACUGCUGGAUUCUGGGAUGGGGGUGGGGUGGGGCCUGUGCCCUUCUAGCUUUGCCCAGGCCCCAUCCCUCGUGGUGCUCUUGGGGUCUCAGGUGUAUGAGGCCCUGACCUCUCCCACUCCCCCAGGCAUUGCAUGCUGGGAGGGAGGGACUGUGCAUUUUGUAAAUAAACAUAUUUGCCCUUGGGA